AUGGAUGCCAAAUUACCCAAGUUACAAGUACUUGCACGCUCGUCGCCUGAAGACAAGAGGAUUCUGGUCGCGAGACUCAAGGCUCUUGGAGAAACGGUAGCUGUUACCGGAGAUGGCACCAACGAUGCUCCAGCUCUCAAGACUGCUGAUGUCGGUUUUUCUAUGGGCAUCUGCGGAACUGAGGUGGCUAAGGAGGCUUCGGAAAUUGUACUGAUGGAUGACAACUUCGCUUCUAUUCUUACUGCUCUCAAAUGGGGACGAGCAGUUAACGACUCCGUUCAGAAGUUCCUUCAGUUUCAAAUUACUGUCAAUAUCACAGCAGUCCUCCUCGCCUUCAUAUCUGCCGUUGCCGACCCCGACAUGCAUUCCGUACUCACUGCCGUGCAAUUACUCUGGGUGAACCUCAUCAUGGAUACCUUUGCAGCUCUCGCACUCGCAACGGACCCUCCGACUGAAAAGAUCCUCGACCGCAAACCCCAACCGAAGAGCGCACCCCUCAUCACAACCAAUAUGUGGAAAAUGAUCGUAGGACAGGCAAUUUACCAACUUAUCAUCACAUUAAUUCUACACUUCGCCGGCGCUUCCAUCCUAGGCUAUGACCCUGAUAACCAAACUCAGAAGACGGAGCUCAACACUAUGGUCUUCAACACUUCAACAUCUUCGAAGGUGUGCUUCGCAACAAAAUUCUUCAUUGUAAUCAACAUCAUUAUGGUUGGUGCUCAGAUCGCCAUUGUCUUUGUGGGAGGUGCUGCGUUCGAGAUCACUGCUAUCAACGGCGUGCAAUGGGCUAUCUGCCUGGUGGCAGCAGCCAUUUCGCUCCCGUGGGCUAUCGUUAUACGACUAUUCCCAGACGCUCUAUUCGCCAGGAUCACCGAGAUCGUAACCGCACCUGUCGUCGCCGUAUAUAAGUUUUUGGCUAGAUUCUUUGCCAAGAUCGGUUCCGUGUUUAGCAGGAUGUGGAAGUCGAAGAAGACAGAGUCCUCAUCGGAAGAAAAACAAGAAAAUAAUAUAACUAAAGAGAAAGAGGCAGCUCCCGAGAUCGUGGUUUCUGAUGGCGUUCUAGCGAAUAACAACCCGGAGAUACAAAUAAUAGAGGAUCUAGAACAGGGGCGAAGAUAA